CUGAGACUGAGGCAAACCUGGGUGCAGCCGGAAAGGUCCAGAUAGAUGAGCUUGUGGCAUCCGUUCCCCAAGUUCAGGAGCUCUAUACAUCCCGGCUGGGCCUUACUCUCCCCGACCUGUGUUUGCUAAGGCUACCCAAACUUAGAUUUCAGAGGAAGACCGUCUUGUUCCUUCUGCCUAGGGCCAGCUGGACGUCAGAAUGCGCAUAGUGGCCAUCUUGCUUCUGUUCUGCCUUUGCAGAGCUGCUGAGCCUCGCAAAUCCAGCCCCGGUGUUCUGAGAAGCCAAGGCCAUCCCAGCCGUGGCCGCGGCCGGGCAGCUGGUGGCAGGAGAGGCUCCAGCCCGGUCAAACGCUAUGCACCAGGCCUUGCUUGUGAUGUGUACACGUAUCUCCAUGAGAAAUACCUUGACUGCCAAGAAAGGAAACUAGUCUAUGUGUUGCCUGACUGGCCUCAAGAUUUGCUGCACAUGCUGCUAGCAAGAAACAAAAUCCGCGUGUUGAAGAACAACAUGUUUGCUAAGUUUAAAAGGCUGAAGAGCCUGGACCUGCAGCAGAACGAGAUCUCCAAAAUUGAGAGUGAGGCGUUCUUUGGUUUAAAUAAACUUACCACCCUCUUGCUGCAGCACAACCAGAUCAAGGUGCUGACUGAGGAGGCAUUCAUUUACACGCCGCUCCUGAGCUACCUGCGUCUCUAUGACAACCCCUGGCACUGCACUUGUGAGCUAGAGACGCUCAUUUCCAUGCUGCAGAUUCCAAGGAACCGGAAUCUGGGGAACUACGCCAAGUGCGGAAGCCCACCGGCACUGAGAAAUAAAAAGUUGCUGCAGCUAAAGCCCCAAGAGCUGUGUGAUGAAGAGGAGAAGGAGCAACUGGACCCCAAACCCCAAGUGUCGGGGAUACCCGCAGUCAUCAGGCCGGAAGCAGACUCCACUCUGUGCCACAAUUACGUGUUUCCCAUACAAACCCUAGACUGCAAGAGGAAAGAGUUGAAGAAAGUCCCAAGCAACAUCCCUCCAGACAUUGUGAAGCUUGACCUGUCAUCCAACAAAAUCCGCCAGCUCCGACCCAAGGAGUUUGAAGAUGUUCACGAACUAAAGAAGUUAAACCUAAGCAGCAAUGGCAUUGAGUUUAUAGAUCCUGCUGCCUUUUUAGGGCUCAUACAUCUAGAAGAGCUCGACUUAUCAAACAACAGCCUGCAGAACUUUGACUAUGGAGUAUUAGAGGAUUUGUACUUUCUGAAACUCCUGUGGCUCCGAGACAAUCCUUGGAGGUGUGACUACAGCAUCCACUACCUCUACUACUGGCUAAAGCACCAUUACAACGUCCACUAUAACGGUCUGGAAUGCAAAACGCCGGAAGAAUACAAAGGGUGGUCUGUGGGGAAAUACGUACGGAGUUAUUACGAAGAAUGCCCCAAAGACAAGCUGCCAGCAUACCCUGAGACUUUCGACCAGGACACAGAAGAGGAUGAAUGGGAGAAAAUACACAGAGAUCACCCAGCAAAGAAGCACAGAGUUAGAAUCACCAUAGUGGGGUAGAUAACUGCCGAACUGUUCCAGC